AUGCCUUCGCAAACAACUGCAAACAUCUCGCAAUCAUUUCCUUUGUGUCUCCCUCUGGAGAAAUUCUCCUAUGCUACUAUGCCGAAUGAAAGCAUCCUUCCUAUCCCUUGGAUCCAUCUCCAUAGCAAAGAUACUCUCUUUGCAAUCUUUGAGACCACUCCAGUCCAACUGGAGGAUGGUCGAGUUGAGGAGAGACAAAUGUUCAAAGUCUUGCAUGAUCCCGAAGUCAUGGAAGAGCUCGACCUCCAUGCUUUGUCGGUCGAGGCACAUCGUGCUAUAAAGCAGAUCCCAAAUGAUGCAACUGACACUGUCCCUCUCGUCACCGUCUUAUUCCAAGUGUCUAUCAUUGCGAUUAAAUACCCUUUGCCUUGUGGACAGAUCCGACGAUUUCAAAUUCGCUUCUCCAAGGAGGAAGACUACUGCAAAGCGAUGAGAAUACUUUCGUGGGCGAAUGUGCCUAUACUUGAUCCCGCCACCUUUCCAACUCUCAAGUCACGAGCAGCGACAAGGGCAGAAGCGAAGAGGUCGGCUGCGCCAAAUCCACCAGCACCCGGCGACUCUGCGUCUCAGAACGAAUCGUCACUGGCCGGCAAGAAGAAACACACUGCAAACGAUGACAUGAUUGCUCUCUCGCUGUCGCAGCCAGGCCCGGGAGUGCAGUCUGCAAUGCCUCCCCCUCCUCCACAGAUGUUUCUGGCGCCACCACAGUCAGCACAGUAUUCUUCGAGUACACUGCCACCGCCCGCCCUUGGGCCUACGUAUGCCAAUUCAAACGUUUCACUCAGCACGGCCACCACUCUUGUUGCCGAGAAACAGCAGCUCAGGACCCACGGUAUGCACAGCCGAACAGAGCCCGAAGGUGCUGGCGACUCACAUGGCCGACGACUAACAAGAGCGUUUCAUGAUAGCUCUAGGCUUCAAACCUCCAGGGGGGGCACAGGCCUAGGACUCCGCGGUGGGCACUUAGCAUCGAGGCCAGUGACUUCUGAAGUCAACAACCAGACUUCAAUGCAAGGAGGCGAAGACGGCAAUCCUAUCAGUAGAAAGGGGGGAAAUGGCAAGGCCGGCACGGAUGUGGGAGUCGACACAGAACUUACCACCAUCGCAUCCACAGAGGGUCGGCGAAAGCGAGGCGCAACGAACAAGACCGCAAAAACUCCAGCUACAAAAAAGCCCCGAUCCGCUGCAACACAUAAGAGGACUACAACCACCACAAAGAAAGCCCAAGAAGACAAGGGAGUGCCGACUGUUGAUGAAUUACAUCAACAACCAGAAUACAGCAUGCUGCCGAACAGUACGAUCAUUAAGCCCCGAAGCAUUCCACGUACGGCAAAUAACUCGACCGGGUUGAACCAGACUGGAAGCAUGGAAAUUGACGAAACAGAGUACGAGGCAGACCACGCCCCGGCUCAGGGCAGUCCAUGCCUCGGCGGCACGGUCAACCGGCGUCUGACUCGUUCUCAAGCACUUUCGUGUGUUUCGGUAGAACCUGUCGAGGACAGAGACCGAGACGUCUACAAUGCGGCGCUUACACCACGUACGCCAGCAGACCAGAUCAUCAUUGACGCUGCGACUCCAGCGUCGCCAGCCUUUCAGGGCCACAACAUCUCCCUCGCUCAACCCAAAUCAUUCUCGUCCCACCAGGAACCACAAACAUCUCUGCAUUCGCAAAUCCCACAGUCUUCAGCACCUGCUCCGGUCGACGUCGCCCUCCUAGGUCUCGCACAGGAGUGUCUCUCCGCAGAUCCGGCAUUCGACCUUUCCUCCGCCCAGUCGCGCCUCGAGACCUGGUGCAGGCUACCCGAGCCGACGCAAGCGACAGCGCUGAGAUCUUAUUUCUGUGAUUUGAUCAUGACGGAUGGAUUCGCCCAGCUGUGCAAGACCGUGGAUGUGUUUUAG